AUGGCGCAGGCUAGAGAGAGACUGCGGGACCCGACACAGGAUGGCCAGCCGAGAUUGACACUGCAGAUGAAUCGUCCCAAGGACGUACAUCUUAAGUGGACAAGGCAGUAA